AGCGUUCUCAUACAGCUGAAGCUUUCACAAAGACAGCAGAGGAAACAGGAUCUCUGGGCUGGGGUGUGUCAUCAUAAUGUCCAAAAGCCAUAAGAACGGAGGACGUGCAGUGUUUUAUAAACCAUUUACAGUUGCAACAGAAAUACGAUCUGGAUUCUUGUAUAAGUCGCCCCCACAAAAGCGGCUGCAGCCAGAGAAAUCAUGGAAGAAGCGCUACUUUGUGCUUUACAAAAUCAGUGAGCAUGAAUACCAACUCCGGUACUUCAAGAACCGCGAGGAAAUGGGCAGCCCCAUAGGAGGCAUAGACCUGACACAAAUCUCACUGCUGCACGGGAGCCCUCAGCACCACAAUAAAUGGCCAUGGGUGCAGAAGACCUUCAAAUGCUCCCCCUCCUGCGUGCUCUACAUCAGGUCUGCAAACCGGGACUACUUCCUGGUUGGGGAGACGAGCACCGAGAUAGAUGAUUGGUUCUCUGACCUGUAUGAAGCUCUGUCGAACCGGCCACAUAAACUCCUCAGUUCAGAGGAAAUUAGUAAAGGUCAGCCAGCAGCUGAGGUGAUUUCCAACCCUCUUAAACGAAGCAAGACUUCAGUCACUGACAGUGACAAGGCAGCCUUCCUCGUACAGCAAGAAGACGCCGUUGACAGUGCUGAAAAAAAGGAUUUGACGCCCCAAGCACUGAAGAUGAGGUCGAUGUCUGAUCCAUCCUCCAACGUUUUGGAUUCUGACACUGAAGUAUCGAAGGAGGAAGAUCAUUGCAAACUCAGACGCGCAUCUGAGCCCGUGAAUCCACUCUAUGACUACCCUAAAUCCUAUUUAAAGUCAAAGGUUGGGGUAGCAGCACGAGCCUGCAGCAUGGAGUCACUAUAUGAAUCCAUGACAGAAUUUAAAUUUAACGAACCAUCAGCAGAUGACCUUGAAGUUGCACAAGUUACCAGUGGCACCCUGAUGAGGUCUAUCACUCAGGUCUAUGACAAGCUAAAGACACAAAUAUCCCCUGUCCCUACGUCUCCACAAGAGACAACUCCCGAAGACAGGGAAGAAAAACGUCAAUCUUCAGAUUUCAGCAGCAGCUCCAGUGGUGCCAUUUCCCCCGUGGACAUACUGGAGAGACAGGCGUACUCCCCGGAGAAACAAAGCUCCACGGAGAGCCUGGACCGUGCCAUGCCAGGGGAGAGGCAGUUUAAGGUGAAGCAGGCAGAUCUGAAAAAAGACCUCACACUGACAGAAGCUGAUGGCAAACUAAGCGUGUCUGGUUGGACGGGACAGCCGCAGUCCGUGUGCCUCUUCCACAAAGGAGACCAAAUUCUGGCCAUAAACGACUUGCUCAUCAGCGACAUCGACGAGUUCAACGUGCUUCUCAGCAAGUCACUCAGGAAGGAGGUGAUAGUGACCAUCGUGCGUCAGAAUGGAUGCCAGCCUCUGCAUUUGCCAAACUGCCCCUGUAGCGACUGA